AUGAAGUUCGCGAAGGAUCUCGAGCGAGAAGCUGUGCCUGAAUGGCGCAUCAAGUAUCUCAACUACAAGGCCGGCAAGAAGUACGUUAAGGCCGUGUCUCGAGCCAUCGCCCGCGCCAACGCCUCCCCCAACAUCGCUGGGCAGCUUCGGGCCGCGACCUUUCUCCCACCCGUCACGCCGCGACAGACGUUCCGCAAGUCGAGGGAUUCCGGCCGCAACACCGCUGACGGGAGCGAGGGCAAUGGGUCGUCGACAAUCCCCACCACGGCGUCCUCGGCGGCCACAGUGAAGCCCGUUCCGUCCCCUUCGCCGCGGCGCAACGAGAGCGACGCCUUGACGGGGUCUGGCGAUAAUCGACAUUACGGGAGCUUUGUCCGGACUCCCGAGGAGGGAGUGUCGAUAUCGACCACUAGCAGUCACAAUGACUUCCAGCUGCCAGCUCCGGCGAUCAAGGUCCAGUCCAAUUCCGCCGAUGCCCCAGACCACGACGGAACCAUACGACGAGACUUCCAGCCAUUCAAACAUCAAAGAAGCUCGACCUUGAACGUUGCUCCGCCGGGUUUGUCCCCCGCAUCGCCUGCAAUGGCAUCGAUUUCGAGACGCCCGACCGACCUCGGGUCUCCUAGCCAUCUUCGCCGGCUAUUCACACACACAUCGACGGGCCGAAGCGAUCGAAGGGUCGACAUCAACAUGCAAAACCUCGACUUGGUGCGAGAAAGGGAGCAAGAUUUCUUCGAAUUCCUAGAUACCGAGCUCGAAAAGGUCGAGGCCUUCUAUAAGAUGAAGGAGGAGCAGGCCGGACAACGACUGGAUAUCCUGAGGGUGCAACUACACGAGAUGCGAAACCGCCGAAUUCAAGAGAUGGCCCAGGCUCGCUUUCAAGACGAGCGCGCCUUUCAAAACCACAACGGCACCGGCGAGAACGGAAACGACAAAAUCAAUGGAUGGGUCAACCCUAUCAAGUCCAAGAUCUUUCCCCUCGGGGCUAACUCCAAAGCUCUCCAGCGGAUGGGCCCAAGCCCAAAUACAAACGGUGGGACAAAUGGCGGCCCCCAAGGUGACGCCGCGAGGGACUACAUCCGACGACCUGAGGAUGACGAAGUCUCCUACCGCACUGCCAAGCGCAAGCUAAAGCUGGCCUUGCAGGAGUUCUACCGCGGACUGGAGUUGCUCAAGUCGUACGCCAUGCUCAACCGGACCGCAUUCCGAAAAUUGAACAAAAAGUACGACAAGGCCAUCAAUGCUCGACCACCCUACCGCUACAUGAACGAAAAGGUCAACAGGGCAUGGUUCGUCAACAGCGACGUGCUUGAGGGCCACAUCCAGGUCGUCGAAGACCUUUAUUCACGCUACUUUGAGCGUGGUAACCAUAAGCUAGCAGCCGGCAAGCUCCGUCAGCUCACCAAGAAGCCUGAGGACCAGUCCACCAGCAUGUUCCAAAACGGCCUUCUCAUCGGCACCGGCGCUGUCUUUGCCAUCCAAGGUCUCAUCUACGGAUCCCAGCUCCUCUUCGACGACGACCCCCGGGUCAGGGUUAGGACAAGCUAUCUGUUGCAGAUAUACGGUGGCUACUUUCUCAUGCUUUACCUCUUUGCUCUCUUUUGCAUCAACUGCGCUAUCUGGAACAAUAACAAGGUCAACUACCCCUUCAUCUUUGAGUUUGACCAACGCCACUCCCUAGAUUGGAGGGAGCUGGCUCGGUUUCCGAGUUUCUUCUUUCUGGUUCUUGGCCUCUUCAUGUGGGUCAACUUUAGCGGAUAUGGCGCUGAGGGGAUGUACAUCUACUACCCCGUGAUUCUCAUAUUUGUCACCACUAUUCUUAUUUUCUUCCCGGCCCCGAUACUGUGGCACCGAAGCCGGAAGUGGUUCGCCUAUUCUCAUUGGCGAUUGUUACUAGCUGGUCUCUAUCCCGUCGAGUUCCGGGAUUUCUUUCUUGGAGAUAUUUAUUGUUCUCUCACAUAUGCAACUGCGAAUAUGGAACUGUUUUUCUGCUUGUAUGCAAACAGCUGGGAGAAUCCGGUGCAAUGCAACUCCAGCCACUCUCGAUUGCUAGGUUUCUUCACGGCGAUGCCGGCCGUCUGGCGUCUACUUCAGUGUCUACGGCGAUAUAAGGACACCAGCAACAUCUUCCCGCAUCUUGUCAACGGCGGCAAGUACACAGCGACCAUUUUAGCCGCCGUCAUGCUCUCAUUCUAUCGGUUUAAUAAUACCCAUACUAAUCUUGGCCUAUUCAUCGCCAUCUCCAGUAUAAACAGCAUCUACUGCAGUAUCUGGGAUCUGUUUAUGGAUUUCUCUCUACUCCAGCCCCAGGCGCGGCACUGGUGUCUGCGCGAUAUCCUCGCAUUGAAGAGCCGUUGGCUUUACUACUUCAUCAUGGUCGUGGACCCAAUCCUUAGAUUCGCGUGGAUUUUCUAUGCCAUCUUCACCCACAACACGCAGCAUUCCACCAUCGUCUCCUUCAUGGUUGCCUUCAUGGAGGUCACCCGCCGCGGCAUGUGGACUCUCUUCCGCGUCGAGAAUGAACACUGCGCCAACGUUGCUCAGUACAAGGCCUCUCGCGACGUGCCCUUGCCCUACCGCAUCGAGCCGCUCACCGACCGCGCCAGUUUGGACACCGUACCCGCUUCACGCCAAGGCACGGCCACCUCCUCUGGCUUGGGCCGGCAAUCCACGGCUGCGUCCACGGGCGUGGCUGGUUCCAUCGCUGAGGACGGCACCAUGCGACGCAGGCCGUACGGGCUGGCUCCCAAGCGCAACUUCUCACGCAUCCUCGCCGAGGCCCAUAAACAGGACUUUGAGAAGCGUCGCCGCCCCGCCGAGCAGGCGGAAGAGGAAGAGGCGGCCCAGGGUGGACAAAGCGAUGACGAUGACGACGAUGACGAUGCUGAUGAGUCUGAGAGCUUGUUGGCAAGAGAAGCAGAUGACCUGGUGCGGGACGCUAGGUAA